ACAAACAAAAGAGUGAAGUCUCUUUGGCUUCCAUUUGAACAUCAAAGAAAAAUGAAAAGACCACGAAAACCAAAGAAAAGGGUUUGCAAGAAACAAUGGAUGAAAGAAUGGUGGGAAAGAGAAGAAGAAGAUGAUGAAAGAGAGUUUCCGAAAUGGAUGACACAUUACUGUAGUGAUCACCAAAUACUUUUGGUGGGUGAUGGCGAUUUCUCCUUCUCCCUUUCCCUCGCUAAAGCUUUUGCUUCUGCUUCAAACAUUGUUGCUACUUCUCUCGACACCUAUGACGAGGUUAUCAAGAAGUACAAGAAUGCAAAGUCAAAUCUAGAAGAUUUGCAGAAGCUGGGAGCAUACUUGUUACAUGGAGUUGAUGCUACAAAAAUGAAAUUUCAUCCAGAUUUACAAAUGCGAAGGUUUGAUCGCAUAAUAUUCAACUUUCCUCAUGCUGGCUUUUACGGGAAGGAAGAUAACUUAAUGAUGAUCAAGAUGCAUAUGGAUCUUGUGUUUGGAUUCUUCAAGAAUGCAACUCACAUGCUUAGGGAAAAUGGUGAAGUUCAUGUCAAUCACAAAACUACUCCUCCUUUUGAUACCUGGAAAAUAGAGAAGCUCGCCGAACAAAGCUUUCUGAUGAUGAUCGAGUGUGUUGAUUUCAAGCAAGAAGAUUAUCCAGGUUAUAACAAUAAGAGAGGUCAUAGAUCUCGAUGUGAUGACCCGUUUCCUCUUGGUAAGUGCAGCACUUUCAAGUUUAUAUACAAUCCUAGAAGUAUGAAAGACCAUUUGAGGAGAAAUCAUAUGGAGGCUUCUAGACAGCAGAUGACAACAAAUAUUUCAUUUCAAGAGAUUCAGAACAUGGACCGAUUUCCAGCUCCAGUUGGUCUCAAUUAUCAUCCUCGAACAAGACUUCCAUUUGAAGAGAUUCAGAACAUGGAGCGAUUUCCAGAUCCAAUUGAUUCCAAUUAUCUUCCUCAAACAAGACUUCCAUUUGAAGAGAUUCAUAACAUGGAACGAUUUCCAGCUCCAGUUGAUUACAGUUAUCAUCCUCGUACAAGACUUCCAUUUGAAGAGAUUCACAACAUGGAGCUAACAAGACUUCCAUUGGAAGUGAUUCACAAUGUAGAGCGAAUUCCAGCUCCAGUUGUUCUCAAUUAUCAUCCUCGAACAAGUCUUGUUCAAAAACCGAAUCAACUUGAUUACUACCCUCUGACAAGUCGCUUUCCAAAAACAGAUCAACUCGAUCAUUAUCCUCAGACAAGUAUCUUUCCAAAAGCGGAUCAACUCAAUCAUUAUCCUCAAAGAGUUGCUUCUUCUGCUGACUAUUAUCGUUAUGCCCGCGAUAUGACACAGGACACUCAAAGAUUGCUACAACCAACGGAGUCAAGUUACAACCAAUCUUCACAACAGUGGCCGACACCAACUAAUUGUAGACUCGGUUUGACAGAACACCAUAGAAGAACAAUGGAUGUUGCUCCUUCCAUGCCACUUGGAGCUAGAAAUGAUGGCUUUGAAAGAAGCUCAACAUAUUUGCAAGAAGAACUUAAUAGAAAUGCUCAGAGGUCAAGUGAUUGUUAUGAUAUAGCAAGGCAUGAGUUGGAGAGGUACAAUGCUGAAGUUUCUAGGAGAAAUCUAUGUUAUGCAAUGAAUAUGUAGAUGCUACAUAGAAGGAUGAUACUUUGUUACAUACUAUAGCUAGCAGCUAUAUGUAGUUGUGAAACUGGUGAUUUUGUUGGCAACAUUCAGUUUAUGUUGAUCUU